UAUUGAUUUUAGUUCUUUUAUAAACUGGUCCUGAGGCGGAUCCCGGUCCAUUUCAGAGUUUGACCUUAUUAAACCUAAUCAAUUAAUAAUUAAACUUAUGAUCUCCUGCUCUGGGUCUGAUUUCAUUUCCUGUUUCAUCGGGAUCCAGUUUUAAAAGAAUCCCGGUCCUGAAGGCUCUUCAUACGUAGACCCGGUCCACCCGAGACCUGGACCCACCCGAGACUCUGAGACACGGGGGCGGGGCAGAAUCCGGAUCCGUCUCAGACCGGAUCCCUCUCAGACCGGAUCAUGGCUUCUCACAGCAGCAGCGGGAGUCUCAGAGUCCUCCGGGCCCUCCUGACCCGGACCCGGACCCGGACCCGGACCUGGACCUGUAGCACCAGACCCCCGGUCCCGCAGCGGAGCCUCAGCGCCUCCACCGGUCCUCCUCCAGUCGGACCCGGGAUCGAACCCUUGUCGCAUUCGGAACUGUACCGGCUCUCCAUCACGGAUCCGGAUCGGUUCUGGGGAUCCGCUGCGCAGAGACUCCGGUGGGUCCAACCCUUCCACCGGGUCCGGGACUGUGACCUGAGCUCCGGGAGGAUCGGCUGGUUCCUGGGAGGGAAGAUCAACGUGUCCGUAAACUGUCUGGACGUCCAUGUGGACAAACAUCCGGACCGGGUGGCUCUGAUCUGGGAUAGAGAUGAACCUGGCACAGAGGUGAAGGUCACAUACAGGGGUCUUCUGGAGACCACCUGCCGCCUCGCCAAUGUCCUGAAAAGCCAUGGGAUCGCUAAAGGUGACCGCGUGGCCGUCUACAUGCCUGUGUCCCCGCUGGCCGUGGCCACCAUGUUGGCGUGUGCUCGUAUCGGCGCCGUGCACACGGUGGUGUUUGCCGGGUUCAGCGCUGAGGCUCUGGCGGGUCGGAUCCAGGACGCUGAGUGUAAAGCCGUGGUCACCUGCAAUCAGGGAGUUCGCGGCGGGCGAAUCAUUGACCUUAAAGCCACGGUCGACACAGCGGUGAAAAUGUGUCCGACUGUCCAACACGUGUUUGUGGCUCAGAGGACAGAUGCACCUGCAGUCAUGGGACACCUGGACAUCGCACUGGAGGAGGUGAUGUCCCGUCAGUCUCCUGUCUGUCCUCCAGAACCGAUGGACAGUGAAGACCCUCUGUUUCUGUUGUACACGUCAGGAAGCACUGGAAAACCCAAAGGCAUCGUCCACACCCAGGCCGGAUACCUACUGUACACCGCACUUACACACCAGUAUGUGUUCAACUGUCGGGAGGGCGACGUGUUCGGCUGCGUGGCUGAUGUGGGCUGGAUCACCGGACACAGCUACGUGGUUUACGGUCCGCUGUGCAAUGGCGUCACCACCGUCCUGUUUGAAAGCACACCUGUCUACCCCACCCCAGGUCGGUACUGGGAAACCGUGCAGCGCCUGGGGAUCAACCAGUUCUAUGGCGCCCCCACUGCUCUACGUCUGCUGCUGAAAUACGACGACACCUGGGUGAAGAAGUAUGACCGCUCAUCUCUGAGGACGCUCGGAUCAGUCGGAGAACCCAUUAACCACGAGGCCUGGCACUGGUUCUACAGUGUGGUCGGAGAGGAACGCUGCCCUCUAGUGGACACCUGGUGGCAGACAGAGACCGGUGGGAUCUGCAUUGCCCCUCGUCCUGCAGAGGAAGGAGCUCCCAUCAUCCCCGUCAUGGCCAUGAGGCCAUUCUACGGCAUCGAGCCAGUUCUGAUGGGAGACAAGGGGGUUCCUGUCAGUGGGCCGUCAGUGGGCGGGGCUUUGUGCAUCCGUCAGCCGUGGCCUGGAAUGGCUCGGACCAUCUACCGAGACCAUCAGAGGUUUGUCGAUGCCUACUUCAAACCAUAUCCAGGUUUUUAUUUUACUGGCGAUGGCGCUGUUCGAUCAGACGAAGGUUUUUAUCAGAUCACAGGACGAAUGGACGACGUCAUCAACGUCAGCGGACAUCGACUGGGGACAGCGGAGAUAGAGGAUGCUCUGGACGAACAUCCUUUGGUUCCUGAGACGGCAGUGAUCGGGAUCCCACAUGACAUCAAAGGAGAAGUCCCAUUUGCCUUCGUGGUCUUGAAGGAUGAUGUCGAACUUGACUCCGCCCACAUCCUAAAGCAGCUCAGGGACCUGGUUGCCACCAAGAUUGCCAAGUACGCCGUCCCGGAUCACUUCCUGGUCGUGAAGCGUUUGCCUAAAACUCGUUCAGGGAAGAUAAUGCGUCGCAUCCUGAGGAAGGUUGCCAUGGGAACGACCGGUGACCUCGGUGACGUGUCGACCCUUGAUGACCCGUCUGUAGUCACAGAGAUCAUCGAGGCCCACAAACAGCACAAGAAGCAGCAUCAGAGAUGAACUGGGGAAGUGGGCGGAGCUUAGCACUUUGUCAGCCUGUGAUUGGUUCCAAGACAGAAGUUUAUCAGUUUUAUUAAUAAAUGUGAAAGGCCUCUUUCAACACUUUUCUGCCUAUUAGUGGCAUAAUAGUUAACUUCAGUGAAGUCACAUGACUGCAGGUCACAUGUCACUGUCACAAGGUCAUUGAACAUGAUUUAGUUGAAUUAUUUUAUUCAGUUUCAUCAUCUGAGGAAUCAGUGAACUUUAAAAGCAGCAGGAC